GCCAUUGUCCUAGAGAACCUAGCCAGAAACCAAAAUGGCGUGGUCCAAACUAGCACUUGCAUGCCUCAUCAUCGCAUCCUUUGCGUUGCCUUCCUUGGCCAAAACCUUGAAGCAAGAAUUCUUGGAUGCUCAAAAUGAAGCUCGAGCUGAGGUGAACGUCGAGCCAAUGGCUUGGGAUGCCCAAGUGGCCGCCUACGCGCAAGAAUAUGCGAACCAGCGCAUUGCGGAUUGCGACCUUGUUCACUCAGGGGGUCCAUACGGAGAGAACAUUGCAUGGGGUAGCGAUGACCUUUCGGUCGCGGAUGCCGUGAAAAUGUGGGUCGACGAGAAGGUCUAUUACGAUCACGGCUCGAAGACGUGCGCCUCAGGCCAGGUUUGUGCCCAUUAUACUCAGGUGGUUUGGCGCAACUCGGUUCGUUUAGGGUGCGCCAAGGUAAGGUGUGACAAUGGAGGAACUUUCAUUACUUGCAACUAUGACCCUCCUGGCAACUACAUUGGGGAGACACCUUAUUAAGAUUAGCAUCGAGUACCUAAGGAUGCAAUUCACCAAAUAAGCUUAACAUAUCUUGGCAGAAAUUAAAAAAAAAAAUUCUAUGAAAAUUAUUUUUAGUGUAUUAGAUGUAGCAUUUAGUGGCAAUUUAAGAGGUCUGGCGUUUAAGGUUUGAA